GUGACCAACUAUUUCAUAUUGAACCUGGCCGUCAGUGACUUGCUUGUCGGCAUCUUCUGCCUUCCCUUCACGCUGAUAUUUCACAUCUUAAACGAAUACCAGUUUAACGACGCCAUGUGCAAGUUGACUCCGUUUGUCCAGGGUGUCUCCGUGGCUGCCUCAGUCUUCACCUUCCUCAUGAUUGCAUUUGACAGGUACAAGGCGAUCGUGUUUCCCACAGAACCCCGGAUGACGCUGAAGGCCAUGCGGAAAACCCUGGUGGGCGUGUGGCUUUGCGCUGUGGCGAUAAGCAUCCCGCAGAUCGUUGUCUUUAACAUGAGACAACAUAAAAUCACAGGAUACGAGCCGCUGAAUGUCUGCUUCGAGCAGUGGCCAGACGCCGUGUACGGACAGACGUAUACGAUCAUGCUGCUUACUGUAGUGUAUAUCGUACCCUUACUUUCUGUCCUGUAUCUAUACGGUAGAAUCUUCCAUCAGAUGAUGUUGAAGCCAGGUCCAACGGCAAGGGGAAACCUUGCAGCUAGCAAAAACAAAUGUACAGGGGCUGUCUCAAAGAAACGUGUCCGCGUCAUCAAGAUGUUGAUAACAGUAGUUGUGAUGUUUGCUGUCUCGUGGUUACCAUUAUACACUGUGUGGAUGCUGCUGGAUUUCGGUAACUUAUCUGAAGAGAACAAUAAUUACAUUCAUGCCAACGUUUUCCCAUUUGUACACUGGUUAGCACUGUCCAAUAGCUGUGUAAAUCCGAUAGUUUACGGAUUGUUUAAUACGAAUAUUCGCAAGAAUAUUCGCUCAGCACUUUCUCUGAAAGACAGUAAAGAUAAUUCAAAUAAGGCUUCUGGUGUGAGGAUAGCCACAUUGUCGCCAGAGGAAGGUAAGGCUAGCAGAUCUACAACACCGACCACGCGGACCCGGCAAACUGCCCUGUUAGAGGAGACAAGACUGUAA